UGUACGCAAGCGCGCGCUUUAGGGCGGAAGCGAGAGUCUCCGGCUGCACGUGGGCUCUGGGGCGAUGGAGGGGGCGAUGGAGGGGGCGAUGCAGGCUGACGCCGAGAUCCGCUCUGAGUCCGGAACAGAGUCCGGCCCACGGGGUCCGGCCUGCAGCCUCCGGCACUUUGCUUGUGAACAGAACCUGCUGUCCCGGCCUGAUGGCUCUGCCUCUUUCCUGCAAGGGGAUACGUCGGUCCUGGCGGGCGUGUACGGGCCAGCCGAGGUGAAGGUCAGCAAAGAGAUCUUCAACAAGGCCACCCUGGAGGUGAUCCUGAGGCCGAAGAUUGGGCUGCCUGGCGUCGCGGAGAAGAGCCGGGAGCGGCUGAUCAGGAACACGUGUGAAGCUGUGGUAUUGGGAACGCUGCACCCCCGCACGUCCAUCACUGUGGUGCUGCAGGUCAUCAGUGAUGCUGGCUCUCUCCUGGCCUGUUGCCUGAACGCCGCCUGCAUGGCACUGGUGGAUGCAGGGGUGCCCAUGCGGGCCCUCUUCUGUGGGGUCACCUGUGCUCUGAACUCCGACGGGACCCUCGUGCUGGAUCCCACAGCCAAACAAGAAAAGGAGGCCCGGGCCGUCCUGACCUUUGCGCUCGACAGCGUGGAACGGAAGCUGCUGAUGUCCACCACCAAGGGGCUCUACUCUGAUGCCGAGCUCCAGCAGUGCCUGGCCGCAGCCCAGGCUGCCUCGCAACACAUCUUCCGCUUCUACCGGGAAUCGCUGCAGAGGCGUUACUCCAAGAGCUGAGACAAGCCAGGGCAGGGUGCCCCUCCCGCCGCAGCCACCACCCUCUACCUCUGUGGAAAAUAAACCAGCACCGGCCUCGCCUCUCAGUCCCUGUGCGCCCGGAUGAGCUCAAGGGCCUGGGGGCACGGACCCACCCUGCUCCCCCCCAGGAAAGCAUUUCCAACCUGGGCAACCCCUCCCUUCCCUGCCCUCCAGCCUGACAGAUACCUGCGGGGCAACUGUGUGCAGGCCCUGCGAGGCGAGCCUCCGGGGUGAAUGAUGACCCCCAAGUCCCAGGUUCAAGGAGCAGUGGGGUGAGGGGCAAAGAAAAUCGGUGUUUGUCAGGGGGUGGUAAAUGCUCUGAAGAAAGCAAAAAGCAGGAAAGAGGGGUUUAGGGAGGGCGAAUUUAAUACAUUAGUCAGGGAUGACUUGGCCGGGGGGGGCGGGGGUGCAUCCAAGGGAGGCCUGGGAGGAGGCCUGCAGUGGGGGGUGGAGGACCAGCAAGGCUUCCAUGUGGCUCUGGUGUUGGCUGGAGCAGAGCGAGUUGGGUCAGGGAGGGAACGGGCACAGGGGUGAGGCCUUGUGGGUCUUGGCAUUCCGGUCUUAACCUGAAGAAACAGGCUCAGAAGCCAGGGAGCUGCCAGAUGUCACCAGCUAGUCGGUGAUGGAGCAGGGGUUCCACUCAGGAGUCCAGCCCCAGAGCCUGUCACUGCUCAGACAAGCCGGGGAGACACCAGCGCUGUCCCGACUGCAGUUCCCCAUCUGUGACCAGAAGUGGCCGAGGCCCACUGUUUCUCACGGGGUGGUAGCACCCUCCUAGGGUGUAUGGAAAUAUGGGGGGUUAGUUACCAUUUGACCGCUGGGUCCCCCACCCCCAUAUUUGGUGGGCGGGAGCCAAGAACAUGAGAGCAUCCCACGAGAAGUAAUUGUCCCACAGCUGGGCCACAUGGUCGCCAGAUUCUGUGGGGCAUGGACAUUUGGGGGUUUACAGUGAAAAUUAUAUGUCUUCUGGGCCCUCUGCUGCGUGCUUCACAUGCUGGAACUAGUUCACACAGUCCCACAAUUGCCCCUUGGAGCCUGUGUCAUUUUCGUCCCCAGUAACCAAGAAGAAAAAGCAUCAAAUUCUUCAGCUGGAAAUCCUGCUCCGUGAGACUCAGGAGAACUCAAAAUAGCAAAGUGUUUUCUAGUAAGAUCCACUGGAAUAGCAUUAAACAGUGAGAAAAUGAAA